UGUCAACAAACUCAAGAUAAUAUUUUUAAACAUUUCAUCACUCCUACAUUUUAAUAUUGCUUAAAACCGCACCACAUUAUUAUGGCCAUAUUUAGACAAUAAAAAAUAUUUUUUGUUCCAGGUAUCCAUACUUUCCAGAGGAUGGCUGGCUGUGAACUGAAUAUGGAAACGAGAGAGCGUACUGGCUUUUUGAAGUAUGGUUAUGAUGGAGAAGACUUUAUUGAAUUUGAAUUAAAAAGUCAGACAUGGAUUGCUCUGAGAAAAGAGGCUGUUUUUCUCAAACAGCAUUGGGAUUUGAAUCAAGGACAAUCCAUAGAAAUCCGUGAACGCCUCACAAACCAAUGCUAUGAGUUGCUUAAUUCCUUUUUGGUCGCUGGACAUAGCUCUGUGUUUAAAACAGAUUACCCCUCAGUUUCUCUCCUUCAGAAAACUCCCUCCUCUCCAGUCAGGUGUCACGCUACUGGUUUCUACCCAAAGAGUUUCCUGAUGUUCUGGAGGAAGGAUGGAGAGGAGAUUCAUGAAGGUGUGAACCCUGGAGAAGUCCUCAACAAUGAGGAUAGUACAUUCCAGUAUCAUAUUGAUCUGGAUAUUUCAUCUAUCCCACCUGUGGACUGGGUGAGGUACGACUGUGUGUUUCAGUUUACUGGAGCUGAGGACAAAAUCCUGAUCAAGUUGGAUAAAGAAGUAAUCAAGACCAACUGGGAUGAGUCAUCUAAGAUGAGAAUAAUCAUCAUUUCUGUCAUUUCUGUUGUGAUUGCCAUCAUCAUCAUCGCUUUAGCAUUUACUGCCUACAAGAAGAGAAAUGUUUCAGAAAGACCAUUCACUCCUGACUCUGAAAACAUGUCUCUCUGAGAAGCUGACUUGAGAAUCAAGAUGGAGAAAUGUGGCAUCCUGCUCUGACUUCGGUCUCCUAAUGGGAUUGUGGGAAUUUAAUCCAUUAUUAAGUGGAAAUCAGAAAUGAAAGAAUAAGUUAGAUUUAUUCAAAGCAUUAGGUCAUUAAAUUUGCACAAAUAAAAUCCCUCUAAAGAUGAACUCCUACAUAAGUGAUAUUUUUGUUCUUUUGAAAAUGUCUUUAUACUGUAUUGUAUUUAUUGCCUACAUAUAUUGCAAGCCAUUGGCAGCAGUUGAUAAGCAAAAUUUGUACUGAAAACUUUAAAAAGGCCAACUUUAAAUGGAUGUACAUUUAACAGGAUUUCUUAACAUUAUAUCCAAUGGAUGUAAAUAAAAGUAAAGUUUAGUGUCUGAAUGUAGUACGAACAAGCACUAUCAUGUAUAAAUGUGCAUGCUGGUGAAUGCUAAUUUAAAUAACCAUUUAAAUGUGCAUUGAAUCUAAAUUAAAAGACAUGCAGCAACACUUUAUUGCUAAAAACACAGGAUUCAAAUGCAUGCUGAAAGUAACAACCAACACAGCAGUGGUGUUAGCUUUUGGAAAAGUAACAUAUGAAGUAUGUAAUAUGUUUAAUGGUAAGCACAGUUUAUCUAUUCCAGCACAGAUAUAUGCUGGCAUACAUCUGCAUUCAUGCAGACUUAACAUUGAUGCACUGUACUUUCCACAUUCCCAAAACUUUAUACACUAACAAUCAUAUCCAAUAAACUGUACCAGUUUUUUGUUUGUGUGUUUUUGUGGGAGUUUAAAUGAAAUAAAUAAAAUAAAUAAGUUACAGUUAACUGCUUUCUAUUUAACCACUUAUGAUCAUGUGACUAUCUGCUGCAGGCAGAGUGUGGUGCCAGCUGUGGGUUCUCAGGUACAGCAGAGAUUACCAGAAAAAUGUAAUCAUAACUUUAUGCUUUUUGUCACUUCUUUUUUCUUUAACCAAUACAAAGAAAAAAUGUAUCCCAAAUAAAAGCACAGGUGUGUUUAAUUUUUUUUCAGUGUUUUCUAAAUUAGCAAAUACUCUGUCAAAAUUCCACAAAUUAUUCUGACAAAUUAUGCUGGAUAACUGAGAUAAUGAGAAUGUUGUGAAAUAUCCUUUAUGUUGUUGGAUUCUGUUGAUUAUAAUCUGUCCUAUUGAGUUCUAUGUGUGUACAACUUCUAGUUAGCAGCUAUGUUUAUCUUGUAUGCAUUGCAGCCAUUUCUGUUUUAUAUGCUUUGAAGUAAUGUUUUUACAUGAAGCCUGUCUCCUAAACCUGUUUCAACAGAACAAGGAAACAUUCCUGAUAUUCAUGUUUAAUAAAAUAGUAUGUAAUUUAAAGAUAUAAUGAAAGUGGAUAUGCUGAAUUCCCCAAAAGUAAAAUAUGAAUUAAAUGCAAUGUUCUGCUACAUUUUUCCUGUUUACUUUAAUAUUAUUUUAGCAGAUUUGAUUGUGAGAUCUAUUUCCAAAAUGGACACUUAUGAGCAAUGUGCAGCGACUGUAAACCUAAAUCGAGUUGUUAUUUUUAUCUUUAAUUAAAUGUUAUCUACAAUA